AUGACGCUCUUCCCAGGAAUACUGUUUUGCUUCUUAUAUGCCCUACCUUCGAGUUCAGCCAUGAAUGUCACCAACGACACGGACGAGUCCGCAUUGUACGAAGAAGAUAACCCCUACUACCGGCCGUAUAUAAUACCGAAAGUGAACGAAAGCGAGUACGAGAUCUUAGAGGGCGACAUUGUCUUAGACCGCGAAGAUCCGGAGGGAAUUCAUGCGCGGAAGGGAAUGGAUUUCGACGAGGUAUUCGGAAGCGCGAGAUGGACGAAUGGAACUGUACAUUAUUGGCUCCCUGGAGAUUUGACAGGUCGACACAUCCAGGUGAUCAGAGGUGCCAUUAAGCACUGGGAGGAAAAUACGUGUCUGCACUUCGAAGUUGCUGGCCCCUAUCAACUAUUCCAAUACAUCCACUUCCGCGGCGAUCUCGAAGGCUGCUUCUCGUCCCUCGGUCGUCGACUACUCCGCCAAGAUAUCAAUCUCGGCUCAGGUUGCGUCAGCCGUUCGACCGCCAUCCAUGAGAUUGGACACGCCAUUGGGUUCUUCCACGAGCAAUCCCGGAGCGAUCGCGAUAAUUUCAUAAAGAUUUUGUGGAGAAACUUGAAACCGCGGAUGAUUCCGCAGUUCAGGCAAGCCAGAGACGAUCCUCGAGGGGUUGUGUACGACUACUCUUCAAUCAUGCAGUAUCCGGAAUGGGCGUUCCAAGCAGAUUCCGAGAAGAACACAAUUGUGACCCUCAACCCAUUUCUGCAAUUAUCUCUCGGAAAUCAGGUGUUGUCUUUCCGCGAUCGGAGAUUGGCCAACCUAAUGUAUGAUUGUGAUGCGAAAUGUCCAAAUCGGAGAACCUUGAGGUGCGAGAACGACGGCUUCCUUUUCCAGCGAUACAAUCAGACCGGGAACUGUAGCUGCGUUUGUCCUCCGAACACAUCUGGGGAAAGAUGCGAAGAACUGCUUGAUCGCGAAUAUUACGAAUAUCCGAAAUGUGGCGGGAACAUCACGUCCGAGGAACUGAUACAGACCCCGAACGCUCCGAAAACUGUUUUCGCCGACGGCGGCUGCGUCUUCUGGAUUCAGGCACCGGAGGGAAAGCUUCCCACCGUCGAGUUUCGCCAUUUCAAGUUCGAAGAUCGUCACAACGAAUCGGUCUAUCCAUGGAGGAAAGAAUUGAAAUGCUCGCGCGAAAAAGUCGAGAUCCGGACAAGGAGUCUCUACGAAGGCAAUAUGUACUGCUCGGAUGAUCUCCAUAAGAGGAAUGUGACUUCUUCGGGAAGGGAUAUAAUCAUCAUCGCCAGCCCCAAGUAUUCGGGCAUCCCUGGAGGUUUCAUAGCACAAGUUCAUUUCAUCGAUGAGCCAGAGGUAGCAAGUCUGACGAGCCGUCAUCGUCGAGUGUUGAAAGAGUCCAUGAGGCACUGGGAAGACAACACCUGUCUCAAAUUUGAACCUGCGGGAUUCUUCCAAAUGUCGCACUACAUAAACUUUCGCGGCGAUCGUUCGGGCUGUUAUUCGAUGGUGGGCCGUAUGCAGAGCAUCCUCGGUCAGGAUCUUAACCUCGGCCGGGGUUGUGUCAGUCAAGGAACCGCGAUCCACGAGCUCGGGCAUGCGAUCGGAUUCUUCCAUGAGCAAUCUCGCAGCGAUCGCGAUAAUUUUAUAAGAAUCCUCUGGAAAAAUGUCAGACCGAACAUGGUCAAUCAGUUCACGAUGGCAUCGGACAACCCCAAAGGAGUGCCUUAUGACUACUCGUCCGUGAUGCAGUACCAAGAAUGGGCAUUCCAAUCGGAUGCUGAGAGGAAUACGAUUGUGACUCUCGAUCCUUUCCUACAAUUAUCACUCGGGAAUUCGGAGCUGUCUUUCCGCGAUCGGAAAAUGGCCAAUGCUAUGUACCGAUGCGAAGAGAAGUGUCCCAACCGGGAGAGUUUGACCUGCGAGAAUGAGGGUUACCUCUUCCAGCGCUUCGGAGAAAACGGAAAUUGCAGCUGCGUUUGUCCUCCGAACGCAACCGGAGAUCGUUGUGAAUUACGUCUCGAACGGAGCUACUACGAUUAUCCAAAGUGCGGAGGGAAUAUCACAUCCGAGGGAACGAUUCAGACUCCGAAUGCUCCGUACACGACAUUCCCUGACGGCGGUUGCGUAUUCUGGAUCCAGGCCCCUAACGGGAAAUAUCCUCAGAUUGAGUUCACGGACUUCAGCUUCCAAGGACGAAGGAUCAGUCCCCGCAAUCCUCUUUCUGGCUUGAAGUGCCCGAGAGAAAGAGUCGAGAUCCGCACGUCUAAUCUCUUCGAGGGAAGAAUGUUCUGCUCAAACGAUCUCGAGAAGAGAAACAUCACCUCGUCGACGAAGGACAUGAUUAUAAUCGCCACACCGAAGUAUUCUGGCUAUCCGGGGGGUUUCAGGGGAACCAUCCGGUUCGUUGAUGAGCCUGGGCAGGGUUCCGCGACCGAUGGGGUUUCUGGAUUCCUAAGCUCUAUAUUUGGUUGA